ACCAUCGGUCAUCUUGAAGCCUAUUUUAAUCAAUCUAAUCCAAUCUAAUCGGAACUAUUACUUUAAAACUUAAUUUUAAACCUUUUCCGAAUUUUGAUAAGAAAUUAAUCGACGACAAUAAUCUCUCUUAGUCUCACCCUACAGCUUUGGAAUAACUGUAGUAUUCUCUCGAGCCAGAUAUUCGAACAAGAGCGACGCUCGUAUUACCUCCAUUGGAUAUUAUUUACAGAUGGCGUCUUAUGUUUAUCUGAAUUUACCCGAAUUUCGGAAGUGUCGCGAUAAUAAUUUUCUUGAAUUCUGCAAGCCAAUUCGGAUCUAAAGGAAAAUGUGCCUGCAAAAGUUGUGUUUAUUUAUUGUGUGAACCGCCACCUCGCGUUUAUCCAUGCUCUUUUCAUGUGUAGUGAAUGAGUGCGAUACCCCCCAGUGCAUGUUUUCCAAAUCUCAUUGCACCUUACUAAUGUAAUAGAUGAAUAACUCACCAUGUCCAGUUCAGUUGUAAUAGAAAGAACUGAAGAAAAAAAGAAUGAUGACACUCUGGUCAUCAUUGUCAAUGCGGAUGGAACGUUGUCUGUCGACCCAGAUACUCUUCAAAAAGUUCUAGCAAGUCAACAAAACACACCAGUGAGUAUCCUGCAAUGUGUUGAUAGUGGCCAGCCAGCAACCGAUGAAGAGAACGAAAAUGGAUUAAAAGCAAAUUUAGUUGUUGAAGGCUAUUUUCCGCAGAACAACAAUGUACCUGUAUCGACAGCUCUUGCUCCUGCCACAAUAUCAGCCUCAAAUCCUGUCAUCGGAUCGGUAGAUGAAUUUAUGUGUGGAUUGGGCCCAACAGAGGCGGCUAAUCUGGAUUCAGCUUUACAAUCAGAGGCAGCGAAACGUUUGUUAGAUCCACAUUUACUAGAUAAUUUGUAUGUGAGUGAUAAGGCAGAAAACAAACCCAUGAAUGUUCAUAGCUCCAUCCAGUUUGAUCACUGCUACACAUCAUUCUAUCAACCCAAAAAAGUGUCAAAUGCCAGUGAUGUUCGACAGCAACAACAAAAUCAAGCAAACAAAGGAAAGAACACAAUCGUUAUGGCUCAAAAGAAAACUUUGAAAACUCCUGGUAUACUAUCAAAGAGCUCAGUGAAACCAAUCGCACCUACAGCUACGCAAGUUCCAGCUGUAUCCAGUUCUGGUGAAGUUCAGCUUAUCUUGUCACCUACAAAGCAGCUUCAACUGGGACCAAUCACCACUCAAUCUAGUAAUUUCACAAUUGUCAGCCCCUUGCAAUCAUCAGAUUGUCAUGCUGUCAUCAAAACUCCAGCUGCCGGUCAAAAGACGGAGGGUCGCACUCUUAUGAGAAUAGUGCCGAAACAGGGCCCAAAAUUCUCAAAGCUGUCUCCUGGUCAGGAGUUAAAUGUUCAGAACAUCAAUUUAUCCAUAUUGUCACCAUCAAAAGUUGUGCAAAGUCCCUUGAAGCAGCAGCAGGUUGCAGUUGGAGACCAUAAAGUUGGCAAAGUGAAAUUGAACAGGCAGCCUUUGAAGUUGAGAAAGCAGGAGGACAAACCUCCCAGUUCAAUCAAUGAAAAACAGAGACAGUUAGAUAUGCAGCUAAAGAAGGUGUCUCUCAACAAAAACGACAAUACUGAAGGUGUCGCCUUCGUUUCGUCUUCUGGAGGGCCAGUUGAAGUUAAAACUUCUAAUGUCGAAACUAAACCGGCAACCUCCGGAAAGAAGCAAGCGCCUAAAACAGUUUCUGCUCCUCUUGUCGUCGGGCCGGAACUUUUCUCUGCUCCCGAUAUUAUAAGGAGAAUUAGCACCGAACAAAAUCUAACAAAACCUGAUGAUAAAAAUCUAGAUAACAGUGAGGCUAUGGUUGCCAAGUUACACGAGCUGAACUACAACCCUGAUAUGAUCGCUGUCUCAAGCGAUGGAUCUCUAAUACAUCAUUCUCAAAAUUUGCAGGAAGAAUUGCCUGUUGCGGAUAGUAGCACAGGACUUGAUCUCAAUAAUCUUCCUGUAGUUUUUGCAUCAAAUCAAGAUGACAUGAUCUCAAAAUCACCUCAAAUCUCCAAAAGGCCAGGGGCAAAAUCCCUUUCCUUCAAGCAAAUGACACUCAGCAACAAUUUGAAAGUCAUCUCGCCGAAAACUGGCGAUAAAGUCCUCACCACAAAAAUUAACCAGCCCUCUGAAGCCCCCAUGAACCAGCAAAGAGAUCUGGACAUGAAUAAUUUGCUGUCCCCAAGUUUUUUAUCAGAUGCUCCUUUGUCGCGUAAGAAAUCUCUACUCCAGGAGUCCCCCGCUGCGCGGGGCACUGGAAGAGAAAGGAAAGUUAAUCCUAAGUAUGACACAGCUUACACUGAUGGUGCUGAGUUAGAUUUGGAUUCUAAGCCAGCAGUUGGUACUCCAAAGAAGCCAGCCAGUGCUAAAAAACAAGACAGAAGGAGGUCAAAUGAAAAGAAAAACCCUGGGAACAGAGUUGGGAAUGAAAAUUUGGAUGGAGAUGAAAUAGCUGCAGCUUUAGACGACAACCUUCCAAGCGAGGAUGAUCAGAGCUGGAACUCUGAGGAUGACCCAGAUAGACUAUGGUGUAUUUGUAAAAAACCCCACAACAAUAGAUUCAUGAUCUGUUGUGAUACUUGUGAAGAAUGGUUCCAUGGAUCUUGUGUGGGCAUCACAAAAGCAAUGGGUGAGGAUAUGGAGAAGAAAGGAAUCGAAUGGGUGUGUCCUCAAUGUAAGGAAAAGAAACCGCAGGAUGGCAAAGGACUUGCAGCGUCCAAAGAGGUGAAGAAAACUCCAGACCAAGCUGAAUCCAAGAAAGUCAUUCAAAAAAGAAAAGGAUCAGAAGUCCACUCUACAAAUAUUGAAGACCCUUCAUCUAGACUUAAUAGGUCGAUUUCUACUGAGUCUCGCAUCAGUGCCAAGCGGUGUCACGUUUGUCAGGAAAAUGCACCCGUGGAUGGUAUCUUUUGUUCGGAAAAAUGCAUCGAUGCUCAUGUUGACACCUUCCUAGAAUUGGAGGAGAAAAAUGAAAAAGGAUCCUCGAAGAAGCUUGAUAGGCAUGUCAUGAUGUUGGAAAAGCACACAGGGCGUGUAUUUUCUAAUAAUAUGGCACCAACUAUUGGAAGUCUGAAACAAUGGUUGUACCUUCACCCAACCUGUCACAUAGUAAUGCGAAAAGAUCAUCCUUCUACAGAUUUCUACAGUAAGCAACGUAAAUUGGCACCCAUUCCCAAGAAGACCCCACAGCCAGUCAAAGAUGGAAAUCGAAUUGUCACUGUUACUGUUGCAACUACCUCUGGAACUAUUCUCAGUGGAGCAGCUACAUUGGCUCCAGCCUCAACAUCAACAGUAACGACGCCUAAGUCAGGUUUACCGACAACUCCGACAUCAAGCACUGCACCAUCACAAGCUACAAUACAGGCUAAGCAACAAACAAUCCAACAAUCAGCGAAAGCGGCUGGUGUAACCCCACAGAAUUCAUCUAAGACUCAGAUUGCACCGACUCAAAAAGUUUUGAAACAGCAAACUCUUACCAUGACUGGAACUUUAAAAACGAUCACUCCUAAUCAAGCUGGGAAAACUCCAAUUGCAAUCCUUUCAAGGGGCUUAAACAAAACUCCACCCUCGGCUGCUCAGACUCCUGUUUCCAAACAGAUCACAGUAAAACGACCGAGUGUGAAAGAAGUAAAGCAAGAACAAAAGGAAAAACCGAAACCAGCACAGAAAAUUGACAAGAGGAAGAGUGACCUCAGCGCAUCAAAACGGGUGUCAGAAGAUACUCCAACAACUCCAAAAACACCAGACAACGAGCCAAUCAGAGCAAAGUGCCGUCAAAUGCUGCAGGAAGCUCUCAUGCUGAGAAUUAAAGGCUGCUCAGAUAUCCAAAUUACUGAGGAGGAGGUUUCCAAAUUAGUUCAAGAUAUUGAAGAGGAACAUUUUGUUGUUUACAAAGAUGCAGCCAAGUACAGAACUAAAAUCCGAAGUUUGGUUCUGAAUAUUAAAGCCCCAAAGAAUGAUACUCUGUUCAGAAAAAUUGCAAUGAAGACGUACAAUCCGCAACAGGUUGCCCGGUUGUCGCAAGAUGAAAUGGCCUCUGAAGAGCUGGCAACAUGGAGACAAAAUGAAAAUAAACACUCACUCGAUAUGAUCAAGAAAAAUGAACUUGACUUGCUUGCAAUGAGCAAAACUUGUGUUUUGAAAACACACAAGGGUGAGCAAGAGAUAGAAAAUGUUGAAAAUCGCAAAGAAGUAUCUGCUGCUGAGUUUGUGCCUGAUUUGAAUGAGAGCGAUAGCAUCGUAGAACCAAAAUCUAGUCCCAAAUUUCCAGCAGUGAAAAUUGAUGAGACUAAAAAAAGUGAAAAAGAAAAGGAGUCAAAAGACAAGCACCGAAGUAGUAGCAGGAGACAUGAAAGUAGCAAACAUAGCAGCAGUAGUAGCAGUAGUUCUAGUCGGCAUCGAAGGAGUAAAAGGCACAAAUCCGAUCGUGAAAAAGACAAGGAUAAGGAUAAAGAUAAAGAUAAAGAUAAAAAAUCCUCUGACAGAAAAAAAGAUGAAAAAAGUGGCUCGAGCCGUGAAAGUCGCUCAAAGAGCCGCUCAACCAGAUCCUCUGACUCGAAAUCAAGUGAUACGACGAAAAUUAAAUCUGACGAUGAGCCUGCUGCUAAAAGUAGAAAAUCUCCUGAAAAGGACGAAAUUUUCAAGUUGCAGGGCGAUUCAAUUUCCAAAUUACUGGAUACUUACGAUCCAGCCAUACCAUCGAAUGAUCUCGACCUUGAUCCAUCAGACAGAGAGCCCAGCUCCACAGUCAUGAUAAAUACACCACCGUACGAAGAAGAGCAGCCCCCAUUGUGGAAAGGGCUCUUGUCUAUGACUGAUGUUGCUAAGUUCUACGCCACUUUUCAAGCUGUUUCAGGAAAUUGUGCCAAUUUAGGUGAAGAUGUACCAAGUUCGAUAGACUGUGUAGGUAGAAUUAAUCCAGCAACUGUCUGGGAUUACAUCGGCAAGGUGAAAAAGUCUGGAUCAAAAGAUAUUAUCGUCAUCAGAUUUACACCAGAAAACGAUGAGGAACAAGUUGCUUAUCUCAGUUUAUACGCUUAUCUCAGCAAUAAGAACAGAAUGGCUGUUGUCGGUCAUUUACCUGCCAUCAUCAAAGACUUUUAUGUCCUUCCGUUGGCUGAUCAUAGUCCUAUACCGCAAGUACUUUUGCCUUUAGAUGGCCCAGGUUUUGAAGAUGUGAGGCCCCAUUUGUUACUGGGAAUCAUAGUCAAGCAUAAACUGGAGACUCUCAUGCCAUCAGAUGUGACUAAUUAUGGACGCAAGGAACCCAGAAGCUACACUCCACCGCCAACAACACAGUUGAACAAUGCAAGUUUGACACCACCGUAUCCUCCUCCAUCGGAGAUUCCUGUUGUACCUGCCAAGAAAGCAAAGUAUGAUGACAGCAAUAUCAUUAGUCCUGUUUUGAACGAAUUCCACGAAAACAACUCCCCAUACAGUCCUGGGGAGGACGAGCCUUACUCACCAGGCGAUGAUGAUGAUGAUGAUGAUGACCCAACCACUGUACAACGGAGGAUUGAUGAUCUAACCAAAGGUAUUGAAGACAAGAAGAGACUACUGGAGUCGUUGCCUCAGCAAGCAUUAAGUGAAGAAGCCUACAGCCCUUCAACGCUAGUAUCUCCCGAAAAACCCACCUUAUCAUUUUACAACUCAACAAAGAUCUCCCUUCCCCCGAAUCUGCAAGAAAUUCUAAGCAGGGUCAGCUCCUAUAAACAAAGUAAACAGUCUAGUUCACCUGCAGGACCCCUAUCCUUAGGGUCAGAUCCUAUCGUAAAGCAAUAUUCCACAGGCACUGCUGCCACCGAAGAAAAGAGUGAUGAAAAGGAGGGAAUAGAAGAAAUCGCAGUGCAACAAUCCUCAGAUGAGGAAUAUGAAUCAAUGGAAGAAGAUAAUCAAGAAUCCAUUGUUGCUCCAGAAACUCCAAAAUUAAAUCGAGAUCCCCGACAGCGGCGCGAUAUGCCCCCUCAGCCGACGGAUGAGGAGGCAAUCAAAGAUAUUCUAGGUGUAAGCUAUCCAACAGAAGUAAUGCCAGACAUGAUGGGAGUCAGAGUAGAAGACCCCGCUCAAAAUGUACCCCAAAUGAUGGACAUGUCUGUCCCUCCGCCCAUGAUUCCUUUCUCAGCACCAUAUGCACCUCCGCCUUUCACCCCUUUCCCUGGGCCAGCGUACGCUCCCCAACCUCCGUUCAUGGCCCCUGUUCAAAUACCAAUGGGGCCUCCUAUGGUAGCUCCGACACCCAUGAUGCCCGCUCCCUUGCCUUUUCCCCCUCCAACACCUCCAGCCUCAGCCAUCACUCCUGCACCCCCUCCUCCACCAACUCCCCCCGCUCCUAUCCUCUCAACCCCAAGUGACUCCCCCUCAAGUUCUACAUCUGAACCCAGGACCCUUAGGAAUAAGUUGCAUAGAGUGGCGGACAGUAGGCAAGAGAAAGAGUUUAGGACUCGAAGUAAAGAUAAAAGUAAUAAUGAAACUGGUAGUACGAGCAGCAGUUAUGGAAAUUACAGGAAUGAUGAACAUAGGCCGAGAGAUCGUUACCGAAGAGACAAUAGGGACAGGUUUCGACCACACGGCCAGUUUUGGCGGGGCCGUGGCUCCAAAUCUCAGUUCAACCGAGGAAAUCGACCCCGGGAUGAGUUUGAUGCUGACAUUGAACAUUUCGAAAAGGAGCAAUUGAGGAGGCAGGAAGAAAGGCGAAAGAAAGCACUCUAAAUAAUGAGCCUUUCUCCUUUGACAACUUUCUCCUCCUAAAAUUGUGAUGGCCAAACCAAAUGAAAUCCACAACUUAGAAAUCAAAAAUUGGUCUCUAUCAAGGAACUUUGAUUGUAAGAAAUGUUAGAAGAGUCUCAGUACCAUUGAUUCUCCUGGAAUCUAUUCUAUCUCAAGUUUUUUGAGUUUUCAUCUUGGAUUGAAGCAUUUUUUCUGACUAAAUCUGCAUAAUCUUGUGUCAGUUGUUUUUGUUAUUUUGAUACAAGAAACCUCUCUGGUCCAACAAGUUGUUUUUAAAAUCAAACUGUUCGGUCUUAGAAAUGCUGUAUGUAUGAUUAUACGAGCUUUCAUGAUAGUCACAAAUCUUAUCUAAAAGUUGAAUAACUUUAUUAAAUCCCUAUCAUAAUUUUGUAUAGUUGCCCCCCCCCCUUGCAGGAAUUCUACUUUUAAUUCAUUGAUUGCUUCAAGAGUCUCAUCUAUAAUGAUUUUUUGAUUUUUUUGGAGUCUUGAUAAACUCCAUUCUAGUGGUGACUCUCUUUUACUUGGAAGCAUGAACUCGAGAUGAUUUCCAGCUUCGUGCAGUACCUAAGUUAUAACUUUUCAAUGCCUGACCAUCCUCUUUCAUCAAAGAAAGCGCCUUUUCCCCUCCGAGUAUUUCAAUUCUUACCUUACAGAAAAGUUUGCCCUUUCUUGUAGAACUGCCCUAUUUUUAAUGCUGAAGGAUAUGCAAAACCUCUUUAAAAAAUCAGCAGCAUGAUUGUUUGCUCUGUCUAUAUUACUACGAAUUAUUUGAGUUAUAAUAAAAAAGUUAAAAAGACAUCAGCAUUUUAAUCAGAAGCUUGAUUGAGUUAGUUGUUCUCAAACGAAAGUUUUUAUUAUUUGAGCUUUUUUACUGAAGAGAUAUAUUUAUACAUAUUUUAUUUUCCAAGUAUGAUCUUUUUUUGUUCCCAUGGUGCAGUCCUAAUUUAAUUUCUCUUGAUAAUUUCAUAUUACGGAUCAUAAGCUAGAUAUUAUCUUAUAUUGGUAUUUUUUGUAAAGACAUUGUCCUCAUCGUGGACGGAAAACGUUUUUUAGCAAUGGUUUUUCCUCUUGAAGGAGCCUAGGGUUAGAUAUGUUUUUCCUCUAUCUAUCAAUGAAGUGGUGAAUGAAACUGUUACAGUUUUGAUAUCAAAGGCACUGCAUAACUACUGAAAUCGCCGAUUUCUAUUCAACGAUGCAUUAGUGCAACAUUCUAAGUAAUGGGGUGCGUUUAUAUUUUCAAGUUUUGGCUUUGCAGGUUCUAAAAAGUCCAUUUUUUCUGUUUUCCUUUCAAUAGGCAAUUUUUAAAGGUUUGUUUAUGAGGAGGAAGAAAUUGAAUUGGGGGGGGGGGGUUUAUUCCAUAACACUCCACUGAAUCAAACAAUAAUCAUUUAUCAAUUCCAGCUCUCUCAUCACCAGUUUGAUUUUCAUAAAACAUGAAAUAAACAAGGUUUAAAAUGUUGACUAGGUUAUUACAAAUCUUGUCUAUUAUACUGUUUUUUAUUUUGUGACAAAUAUUUUUAAAGAUAGCUUUUCUUGUAUUCUACGGUUGAAGUAUACAGUGAUCUCAGCGACAAAAGUAACCAAGGCAAAAGUACCUGAUACAAUCAAGUCAAGUAUGCAAAAGAUAAAUUCCAAUAUUUACUUUUGCACAAAAGAGCAAAAAUAUCAUGGCAGACCUCUACAUGCCUGCGAGUGUCAGCUUUAACAAACGCACAGCUGAAACUGCAUUAGUAAUACUGCACCCAUACAAACAAUGUAUUUAUAAUUUGAUUUGUCUCCCAAGAAUUUCAUUUUCUCUUCCUUUUUAGCCCUUAAACAACCCCUGUUCAUCACAUUUUUUCAAAUUGUUAUUCUUUAUCCACUGAGAUUUUCAGAGACAACCUAACUGCUAUACCAAAUGAAGUCUUCUAAUAAGUUGAAUUGUUUUUGUAUAGAUACUUAACGUGAAUUUAAUACCUCUUAAAGCGAUUCAAUUUUAGAAAUUAUUCUUUUGAACUAAAUGAGCUGAGCCUUAGACGUACCGUCAUAUCAUCUUCUUAAUUUGUGCUCCAAAGCUUUUUCAAGAAAGCGUUUUCCAGAAGAAAAAUGAGUUUUCAACCUCUCACUAAACAGCAGCUAUAGUAGCAGAUAGGCAGUGAAAGCCAGAUCAAAUUUUCCAAGCAGCUUUAACAGGGGAUGUCUUGAAAAGUUGAAAUAGAUCGUACCAAAAACUCCCUUACUAAUUAUUUCAAUUCAGCCAAUUCCAGCUCUUCACCACAUUCCUUCUAUGAAUUCAUUAAAAGGAGAAAGGAAAAAAAAAACCAGCCAGAUUCUUGAAAACCAAGUCCUUGUUAGUUGUGUAGUUGCAAGUACAUAUGUAUUUAUAUUGUGUUACCUGUAAAUAUUUGGAGGUGUGUCCCUCCCCUCCAUCUUUUUGUAAAGUCAGAUUUUGUAAAUAAUAUUGUUUAGUUUGGGUUUAAAAGCUUUUGUUUCCCCCCUUUUUUCCUUUUUUUCUCUUUUUUUUUGUACAUAAAUUGUUUGAGUUAAUCUGACGUAAAUCAGAGCUUUUAUGAAUACUUUGAAGUGUACCUAGUAUUUUAGUUAUAUGUAUUCAAAACAAGGUAUAAAUAUUUUUCUUACCAAAAUUUUCCACCAAUCAUUAUUUCCCUUUUUAAUUGAGGCAAACAACACUUCAAUUAAGAUUACCAAUAAAAUGAACCGAUCAACCUACUUUGGUUUAAGAAAUAGGUUCACUUAAAAUAAUCCUGAUGAUGACGCAGAACCACAACAUUGACAGAUGAUUCUGAGUCAAUAGAAACUGAUUCACUUAGUCAAACUCUCUUUUUUAAUGACAUCAGCCGUGUUGAUAAAGCUUUCAUGUAUGAGUUCACCGUCAUUAUUUUGGAAAUUGUAAUAGUAUUUUGUUAUUUCAUGUAAUCAUGAAAAAUGUAAAGCUGUUCCUUUGGAAUAUCUGCUCUUGUAACAAUGUAAUUUUUAUUUUAUUUAUUUUUGGGACUGUCUUCUUUAUCUCUACUAGUUUUUCAGUGAAUUGUUUUAUCAAUGACUUAUCGGUAAAAGAAAGUAAGUAAUUAAUGUAAAGGAUAAGUGAAAAAUGUAAAUGCCCACUAUGUAGCACUCUCUUUUUUCUCAUUAUCUCUCUGUUAAAGUAGUUUUCACGAAGCAAAAAGUAUAGUAAAGAAAGCUGAAAGGAGCAAUCAAGAACCACGUACCUGUAAAAAACUUGCUUUUACUUACUUUAUAAUUGUUUUGUCCAGUUUUGCAAUAAAAGAGGCUCUAUUGUAAAUAAAUAAAUGUUUUCCCCAAUUUUA